GCGGUGCUGAGGAUCUGAGGCCACGGGCAGCUAGACGCCGGGACUGUCCAGCGAGCGAGCCAGUGAGCGAGCGGCGGGAACCCGCAGCCACAGCAGCCCCGGAGCCACAGCCGCAGCCGCCCUCCGCGGAGCCCAGCCCAACCGGCCAUGGCGCUGUCGAUGCCCCUGAACGGGCUGAAGGAGGAGGACAAAGAGCCCCUCAUCGAGCUCUUCGUCAAGGCCGGCAGUGAUGGCGAAAGCAUAGGAAACUGCCCCUUCUCACAGAGGCUCUUCAUGAUCCUUUGGCUCAAAGGAGUUGUGUUCAGUGUCACAACCGUUGACCUGAAAAGGAAGCCUGCAGACCUGCAGAACUUGGCUCCGGGGACCCACCCUCCGUUUAUAACCUUCAACAGCGAAGUCAAAACGGAUGUAAAUAAGAUUGAGGAAUUUCUUGAAGAAGUCCUGUGCCCACCCAAGUACUUAAAGCUUUCACCAAAACACCCAGAGUCAAACACUGCUGGAAUGGACAUCUUUGCCAAAUUCUCUGCUUACAUCAAGAACUCAAGACCAGAGGCUAAUGAAGCACUGGAGAGGGGGCUCCUGAAGACUCUGCAGAAGCUGGACGAGUAUCUGAAUUCUCCCCUCCCUGACGAAAUCGACGAGAACAGUAUGGAGGACAUCAAAUUUUCCACACGUAGGUUUCUGGAUGGUGACGAGAUGACAUUAGCAGACUGCAACCUGCUGCCCAAGCUCCACAUUGUCAAGGUGGUGGCCAAAAAAUACCGCAACUUUGAUAUUCCUAAAGGAAUGACGGGCAUCUGGAGAUACCUGACGAACGCCUACAGCAGGGAUGAGUUCACCAACACCUGUCCCAGCGACAAGGAGGUGGAAAUCGCAUACAGCGAUGUCGCCAAGAGACUCGCCAAGUAGACAGCACUUUGAGAGAGAUGCCUUCAGAUUCCCCCAAGAAUCCGCUUUCCUAACAGACUGCUCCGCCUCCUCUAAAGUAGAAGUGUAUUUUGCACGACCACGCAGUUACUCAAGACUAGGAUUAAGGGUAGACAAAGUAGGCCUCUCCAGUACCCACUCCUGAGCAGUAUUCUAAACUCCUCUACCCAGCCCAGCUGCCCCGCCCAGCUGCUGCCCUCCAGUUUGGAGGCACUUCGCCACAAGCGAGUCACCCAAGAGACAGUUUGCUGUCACUCUGGAACCCUGACCAUCACAUCAAUUCACUGUGUAGAUGGCAGAAUUUGUGGUGCAGUGUUCAGCCGUUAGAAUAGUGCCUGCAGCAUCAGCGGACCCCACGCUGCUGUGUGCACGGUGCAGGAAUAUUUAUGUACUGGGGGAGUUUUAAUAUUGCGUAAGGAGUCUAGCAGGAUUACUACUGUGCCAGACACGCUGUUCUGGAGUGUUUGACAGCACCGCUUCUGUAGAGACAAUGGUUUCUUGGUAGACACUUAAUUUUGCCUAAAAUGUGUCAUUUGUAUAAAUUGUGACAUCCGAUACUACAUAGUGAAGGACUGAGGGUUGGGUAGACAUUUUCAAAAGGACAAGAGAAGAUUGGGCAGGGCCUCUGUCUACCUUCCCUGCUGUGAGGGUAUCACCCAGGGCCACUCAUACAUCUACAGCAGUAUUGCUGCCUUCAUUAUGACAGACUUUUUCUUUUCUCUGUUUUUGUGGUGCUUGGAAUGGAACCCAGGGCUUUGUGCAGGCCUGACAAGGUUCUGUUCCUGAGCUGCACCAAGCCCCGCCUCUCUCUGUGUAACAAGCUCCUUUCUUGGGUGACCACCUAUCUUCCUGUCUUUGAGCAACAAAGACUAGCAUGUGAGCCACUCAGAAGACAACCAGUUUCAGGGAGAAUUUGCUGAAUUUGUUAAUAAGUACACUUUACUCUGGAGAGGAGGUGAAGAAUGUGUCAUCUGGGCCAUUUUAAACUCCCUUGAAGCUCAGGCCACAUGUCCUGUCCCACCUCCAUCAGACUGAGUGAGAGGUCCUUCGCUUCUCUUGGGAUAAAUUGUAGUUGUCAUAGAGAGUGUAUUUCCACAGUUUUGCCUAAUGUCAGUCAUUGCACAGAAGAAGAGCCCUCUGUUUUUCUUGCCAUUUGUUUGGAGAACAGGGUGUUACUCUGAAGCCCUGGUUGGCCUGGGACUUGAUGGGCAGACUGAGCUGGCCUCAAACUUGUGGCAGCCCUCCUGUAUUUGCCUCCUGAAUGUUAGCUAGGAUUUAGGGCUUGUGCCACCGUGUCUGCUUGUUUUCUCAUUUUUUUUUAAAUCAAAGUCUGAGCUAAAAGUUGUUUGCAGUCUAACAAAGGAGAAUGAGCUUUGUGAAACAGCGACCCCUCCCAAACAAGAUGGCCUUUCUCAGUAGAAAGUAUUCCAGAGUCCACUUGUGACUUCAUGCACUUUGCCACAGUUUUUUGGUGAUUUUUUUUUUUAAAACACAUGUUCAAGAAGUGCUCUUUCUUACAGACGUCUCACUCCCAAGUUGGCUGCUUUAAGGUGGCCAUGCUAGUCCUUUGGUGUGCUGACACUUAAUAAAUGUCAGCUCUGUGGAAGCAUUCUGACUCAAAGCAGCUCUCUUUUAAAACUUAUCAAUAAUUUGCUUAGCAUGGGGGACAGGGAAAUCUUGACAGUGGUCCCUGUGGCUCAGGGAGAUGCCUUGGCCACAGGUUUCACCCUUAUUGCUGAUCAGAGUGUGAGCACCCUGCACCGUGCAAACUGGGUGGUGGUAUGUCUGGUUCCAACAGGAGGCACCAUCUCUUCUCUUCUGGGAAAUGACCCUGCAGUGUCUCUGUGGGUGGAAGUGUCCCAACUUUGCUUAGUGAUGAGUUGGCCGUGGGUGGGGUUGAGUCUUGAAGAUUCCAGAGAAGAGGUGCCUGUUCUUUCUGUGAGUGGGCCAAGCGAGGGCUCCUGGGUAAGAGCCGUGUUCCUCUGCACACCAGAGGGCGUGCAGACAGGCUUUAGUGGGUGUGAGGUGCCCCUGCUCUGGCUUCCUAAACUGCCUCUUGGUUGCUCUUGCUGUCUCUGGACAUCCAAGGAAAGUCUGUCUAGGUUUUGGCAAAGGCAGAAUUGUUUUCCUUUCUAGAGAGACACAGUUUUGUAUCAAGAAAGUCAGACAGAUUUUGUGAUUGGCAGAUGGACAGAAGCUUUAAGAAGGAAGAGCCCGCAGCAAGCACUCUGUACUCUGUGUGUGCAGAGAUCAUGGCUUACACUCUUGAAAUGUAAAAUGUGAGUGUUUCCAUGCGGCUGAUGCAGUUUGGGGGCUGGCGGCCACUAGCGACUCCUCCCUCUGCUCUUUCUUUAUAAGCCCUCCAUCUUGGAGCAGGGAUUCUGAGUGGAGUCUUCGCAAUUUUCCAGUGGAUACUAAGAAACUAUUAAACCGUGGGAAGCCUCGCUGUUUUAAUACCAUGACUUCCUUUUUGUUAUAGAUGCAGACUUUGAAUACAAUGCAGUUUCCUCAGUAACAUUACCUUUCUUAGCUCUAACCUCCUGAGCAGUUUCUACCGUGAAGAGGUUCUGACUGGCUUGUACACUAGGCGGAUCAGCUCUGGAAUUUAGGCAUUCAUACUUUUCCUGAGUUAUACUUCCAGAACCUCCUCAGAGUUGCAUGUAGAUAGCAUUUAUUUCUGCAUAUUUAAAAAAAUCCAUUUAGGAAAUAAGAAAAAACGAGAAGUAAGAAUUAUUUUUUCAUGAAGAUUUUGGUCCACACCUCAUCGAGUUGUAACGGAUUCAGCAGUUUUUUUUGAGCUGGCAAUGAAGAGAGAGCAAGAGAGCUUUUGUUAGUGGAGUUCACAGACUUCUAAAAGUUUAUUGUUACAAUUAUCAAAGUGGGGGAUCUAAGAUUAUUUUAUCAAGGAAAAAAAACAUUAAGUCCCAGGCCAUAAAAGUUUUGCUCCCAAGCCGUAAUGCCGAACCGCUUCGGAGCAGUUUAUAGAAUGUCUUGGGUAGGGAUGAAAGCUUAUUACAAAAUGCUUGCAUUUUCUUCUCUCUGGAACAUCAACACCAGUAUAUUGCUGGCAGCUAUUAUAUUAAAAAAAAUAAAUAUAUUUUCACUAUCAAA